CCAUCAACCAUUCCAUAUCCUUAACAAUGCCUUCCUCUUCAUUCUUUCUACUUCUCUCAUUUUCUUUGCUUCUCCGAUCGGUUUACGGAGCAGAUUAUCUCUACCAUUUCUGUUCAGCCUCGCAAAACUUCACAUCCAAGGGCCCGUUCGAAGCGAAUCUCAACAAACUUGCCGGUAACCUCUACUUACAAGUUCCGAAACUAGGGUUUGGUUUUGGCUCAUCAGGACAGAAGCCAGAUCAAGUAUUCGGACUUGGUCUCUGUCGAGGAGAUGUUUCGCCGUCAGAUUGCAAAAAAUGCGUAGCCAACGCCAGCGGUGAGAUUCGCAAGCGAUGCCCUACCAAUAAAGCCGCAGUAAUUUGGUAUGAUAAUUGCCUCUACAAGCAUUCUCAUGAGAAAUUCUUCGGCCGGAUAGAUAACAAAAAUAAGGUUUACAUGUGGAACGUGAAAGUUGUAAAUAAGACGGCUCAGUUCAAUGAGGAGAUUAGAGAGUUAUUGCAUGAACUAGUCGAUGAAGCUCACGAAACGCCAAAAUUGUAUAAAACCGGAGAUUCGGAGAUCGAAGAUUCAAAAACUAAGCUUUAUGGAUUGGUUCAGUGUACUAGAGAUCUUUCAAAUGGGGAUUGCAAGAAGUGCCUUACAGGCAUAAUUGGUGAACUUCGUAGUUGCUGUGAUGGAAAAGUAGGUGGUAGGAUUAUUAGUGGGAGUUGUAAUUUUAGGUAUGAGAUUUAUCCAUUUUACAAAGCCUAGAUGAGUUUCUUUGGAUAUUGAAAAUAAUAGAAUAAAUCAAAGUGUAUUGUGGGGUAGAAUAAUUUUGCGGUUAUUGGAUUAAAGGUUUUUAAGAGAUUAUUCUAUUUGUUA